GGGGUCCGCCCCCGAAUAAAGGUACGGAUCGAAGGCCUUGAAAUUGUGAGAUCACCCGCAGAGCAUUAGAAGAACGCUGAAAUUCACUUCAUUCCACGACGAAAACGAAACCACAGCGAUCUGCCUCGUUAAGAGUUCGAACGCUGUAGAGCUCCGCCGAAAUAACACUGAGAAACAUGGCCUCGCAUGGAACCAAGGUGACGCGUGAUCCCGAGGCGGAGAACCGCAUCGAGGAGGGCACGGGCAUCGUGACGUCCGACUCGCUCGCGGCGGAGUCGAUGCGAUCCGGCGGCGACUUCGCCGCAAACGUGCACAACGCCGCCAUCUCCGACCAGACCUCGCGCGGGUUCACGGGUAACACAACGGACACGUCGAGCGCGCGCAGGAUCCACGGCGACGGUGACGACGAUGGCAACGAUGCGGAGGAAGCGCGGAUGCGGUCGGAGCUGGACGCCACGCGCGAGGGCGGCAAGGAUGCGGGUGUGGGUCCCACGUACAACGUCCGCAGCUCAGCGAACGACCCGUACGCGGCGACGGCGGGAGACGGGACGCAGUACGGCGGCCAGGGCGGCCUCGCGCCAACGAGCAUGCAGCACAACGUCGACACGAGAGACCUGCAGCCCAAGGGCGAAAACCUGAAGGAGGGCGGCGACAUCACGGGCGACGAGCCGAACGCUAGCUUUGGUGCCGACAUAGGAUCGAAAAACGACCCUUCGCUAGCGGCCGAAAAGAAGUUUGCGCGGGAGAAUGCCGAUGCGGCGAUCGCGUCCGGGUUCCAGCGAGACAGCAAGCUCAUGAGCGAAGGCGGAUAUGACCAGUUGCGGGAAAGCCAGGCUUGAUCUAGUUCUAACACGGAUGUGGCGAAGGCCAGCCAGCUUAGCUAACUUUACAUAAAUUGAGUAAAGGAUACUGCAGCACCUACUCAUGGACCGAGUCACUUUGUGCUGUUUCAAAAACAUCAUCGCCGAGUUUCUUUUUGGGGAAUUCCAAUUGUCAGUAGUAGCUUUUAGCAGUCACACCCUUCUCAUCU